GGGGCGGGGCCGGGGCGGGGCCUCGGCCGAGGCUGGUGCAGCGGUGGCUUUGGGCUCUGGCUCUGGACUCCAGCGCAGCAUCCUCGCUGCAGCCGCUACGGCUGGCUGCUGCACUUGGUCAGGUGACAUUCACCAUCACCGUUUUCUUCUUUCACGAACAUCAUCAUCACGACCAUCACCGUCAACAUUUCUUUUCCUCCAUCAGAACCCUUCAAGUUCUGCAAAGGCAGGCUCUGUUCAGGCAUGCAGUCUUGUUGCUGGAGAUGAUUGUCAGCUGCUUUCCCUGCCUAGCUACCAUCACAUGCCCUACCACCGGAGCCUGGGAAGCCUGACCACAGACCAGCAUCUCCAAGGCAUGAAUAAUUAGGUAGGCAUAAUGGAAGGCACUCACUGCACCCUCCAAUUGCGUAAGCCCAUUACUGAAGUCUGCUACAUCAGCUUCUAUCUUCCAAGGGGGGAAGUCAGAGGAUUUUCAUACAAGGGCACUGUAACUCUAGACAGAUCCAAUAAAGGGUUUCAUAACUGCUACCAAGUCAGGGGGGGGUCAGACGUCAUCAGCCUCAGCCUGCAGCCGAAUGAACAUCCAGGCGACAUAUUUUUCAAGCAAACUCCCACAAAAGACAUUUUAACUGAGCUGUACAAACUCACAGCAGAGAGGGAGAAACUUCUGGCCAAUCUGCUGAGCUCAGACCACAUCCUGGGGAUUACGAUGGGGAGCCAGGAGGGGAAACUACCGGAGCUGUCCGUGAGCCUGGCCCCUGAGGACGACUGUUUCCAGAGUGCUGGUGACUGGCCGGGUGAGCCCCCCGUGGGCUGUCUCAAUAAGAGGAGUGCCCAUGGGAACAAAAAGCCCCGGAGGUUUGGUGGAAGGAGAGGAAGCUUUCAUGUGCUUCCACAGAAGAGGACAAGAAGAAAAGGGCGUGGGGGCCAGGAAUCGGCUCCUCAGAUGGGGAAGGACCAAAUCUGUUCCAGUAACUCCCUUCCUAUUUCUCGAACAAGGCGUAAUCUUUGGCUUCUAGAGGAGAAAGGCAACUUGCUCCCAAGUGGGGCGUUCACAUCUUCCGUACAGUGGAGAGGGAGCUGUCCCCCAGAGAUCCCCGGUGCACUGGAUGCCAGUGGGAGCUUCAGGAAGACUUCUGAGGGCACUGGGUUUGGAAGAGGAGGGCUGCCCCCUGACUGCAGCUCCACAGAGCCAGGAGAUGAUAGUGGUGCUAGAGUGCCAAAGAGGGGCCCACGCAGGCUGGCGCACCAGCAAACAGAUUUGUCUGAACGUCGUGAGGACCCUGAGCAACAUCCAGAGGCAGAAAAGGGCCGGAGGGAGAAGUCUGGUGAGCGUACAUGCGGGAAGAAGCCUAUUUCCAAAGUGGUGGCCAAAGUCCAGGACCUGUCCACUCAGGUGCAAAGAGUAGUUAAAACACAUCUUGAGAGUGAGGAAAGCGUUGCCAUUUGCCCAGCAGCCCAAGCUGAGUUUAUACCCAGAGCAGACUUGUUUACCCUCCCUGGAGCCGAGGCCGGGACUCAGGGUUGCAGGUGGCCGGGCACGGAGCAGCACGGAGACAGGUCAUUGCAGGCACCGGACAGGGAACGUAUCCCAGCCAGCGCCGAGGGGGCUGUGAACAAGGUCCUGCUGAAGGUGAUAGAGAGUGAGAAGGUAGAUGAAGCCACCGAGGGGAAAAGGCUGGGCUUCCCCCUCAGCACGCUAGCCACCCACACCCUCCCAGAAACCAGAAGCAAGAGGAAAGCUGGGAUGCCUCUGAAGGGUCACAAAACCUUGUUUCUGGAUCCGCCCCCCAGUAUAGGCCCUGACUGGUCACAACCCGGAGGCGAUGAGAAGAGACCGUCCCCCCCAGCUCUGGCAGCCCUCAGCAUGCCGCUGAAUAAUUCAUCCUCUCAGUCCUGUGCAUACACACGGAUGUCACCUGUUCCCUCGCCUCCUUCUCCAAGGCUUCCCAGCCCUCGGCAGCAUCACAGGGUCCUCCAGCUCCCUCCGCUGCCUGGUGAGAGGGAAGUGGCUCCCGAUGACUCUCCUGGCAGAAAGAGCAGUACUUUCUCUGGGUCCUCCUCUGCUGACACCUUGGAGCCACCAACCUCUGCAAAGGUCACGGAGACCAAAGGAGCCAGCUCGACCUCCCUUGGAGCAGGCCAACCUCGCUUGGCGUCUGGGGAACCUUUGGAAAAGAGCUUGGGGCCCGGAAAGACCACAGCUUGGCCCCAGUACCAGUCACCUCCAGGCAUCUCCUCCGAGGGCUUCCCCCGGGACUGUUUCAAUGAGCAGACAGCAAGUAGAGACCUUCCCAACAGGGAUGGAAGUUCAUGGUUCCUGGGCUAUAGAGCAGGACCAGCCUGUCCAUUUCUGCUCCACGAGGAAAGGGAGAAGCCAAACAAAAGCGAACUGUACUUGGAUCUCCAUCCUGACCACAGCCCCACUGAGCAGGAUGAUAGGACUCCCGGCAGACUCCAAGCUGUCUGGCCACCCCCAAAGACAAAAGACACAGAAGAAAAAGUGGGAUUGAAGUACACCGAAGCAGAAUACCAAGCUGCUAUUUUACACUUGAAGAGGGAACACAAAGAAGAAAUUGAAAACCUACAGGCUCAGUUUGAACUUCAGGCAUUUCAUAUCCGCGGGGAGCAUGCAGCGGUUACAGCAAGGCUAGAAGAAACCAUUGAAAAUCUCAAACAUGAGAUAGAACACCGGUGGCGAGGAGGAUGUGAGGAGAUGAGAGACGCGUGUGUCUCCACCGAUGACGACCACCCUCCAAAGACCUACAGAAAUGUGUGCAUCCAGACAGACAGAGAGACUUUCCUCAAACCCUGCGAAGGUGAAGGCAAGACCAUCAGAAGUAACCAGAUAAUACCCAAAAAGCUGAAUAUCUCCUCUUUAAGCCAGCUGUCUCCCCCAAAUGACAACAAAGACGUCCAUGUACCACUUCAGUCUGUGGAAGGCAUCUCACCACCUCAGCCAAAGGCAUCGCCUCCCCCUCCCGCCCCACCCCUUCCAGCAGCCAUCCCUCCCCCUCCCCCUCCCCCCCUCCCUCCCGGACUUGCAUCGUCGCCACCCGUACCUCCACCCCCACCUGUAAGUGCUGGACCUCCUCCACCCCCACCGCCUCCUCUGCCUCCAAGCGCUGGACCUCCUCCCCCUCCCCCUCCGCCACCACUUCCCAACUCCCCUGCUCUGCCUAACAGUGGGGGGCCCCCUCCUGCUCCAACACCCCCAGGAUUUGCACCCCCACCUCCUCCUGGACUCUUCUUCGGAGUUGGCCCUUCUUCUAGCCAAUGUCCUCGGAAGCCAGCCAUUGAGCCGAGUUGCCCCAUGAAGCCUUUAUACUGGACUAGAAUCCAAAUAAGUGAUAAAAGCCAAAAUGCUACACCAACCUUAUGGGAUUCCUUAGAAGAACCUGAUAUUCGGGAUACUAGUGAAUUUGAGUAUUUAUUCUCCAAAGACACAACUCAGCAGAAGAAAAAGCCUCUGUCAGAGACCUAUGAGAAAAAGAACAAGGUCAAAAAGAUCAUCAAGUUAUUGGAUGGAAAGCGAUCUCAAACUGUGGGAAUCUUGAUAUCUAGUUUGCAUUUAGAAAUGAAGGAUAUCCAGCAGGCCAUUUUCAAUGUGGAUGAUUCUGUGGUUGAUCUGGAGACCCUGGCAGCCUUAUAUGAAAAUAGAGCCCAGGAGGAUGAAUUGGUUAAAAUAAGAAAGUAUUACGAGACAUCCAAAGAGGAAGAACUGAAGUUGCUGGAUAAACCCGAACAAUUUUUACACGAGUUAGCCCAGAUACCUAAUUUUGCUGAACGGGCCCAGUGCAUAAUCUUCAGAUCUGUCUUUUCUGAGAGUAUCACCUCCUUGCACCGAAAGGUAGAGAUCAUCACAAGAGCUUCUAAGGGCUUGCUGCACAUGAAGAGUGUGAAGGAUAUUUUAGCACUCAUUCUGGCUUUUGGAAAUUACAUGAAUGGAGGAAAUAGAACUCGGGGACAAGCAGAUGGAUAUAGCUUAGAAAUUCUGCCCAAACUCAAGGACGUCAAAAGUCGGGAUAAUGGGAUUAAUCUGGUGGACUAUGUCGUGAAAUAUUACCUGCGUUACUAUGAUCAGGAAGCAGGAACAGAAAAGAGUAUUUUCCCUCUGCCUGAACCACAAGAUUUCUUUCUGGCUUCCCAAGUCAAGUUUGAAGACCUCAUAAAAGAUUUGCGAAAACUGAAGAGGCAACUAGAAGCAAGUGAGAAACAGAUGAUGGUGGUGUGCAGGGAGUCACCGAACGAGUAUCUCCAGCCUUUCAAGGACAAACUAGAAGAGUUCUUCCAGAAAGCCAAAAAAGAGCAUAAAAUGGAAGAAAGUCAUUUGGAGAAUGCACAGAAAAGUUUUGAAACAACAGUAGGAUACUUUGGGAUGAAGCCAAAGUCCGGUGAGAAGGAGAUCACACCCAACUAUGUGUUUAUGGUGUGGUAUGAGUUCUGCAGUGACUUCAAAACCAUUUGGAAGCGGGAGAGCAAAACCAUAUCUAAAGAAAGAUUGAAAAUGGCUCAGGAAUCCGUCAGCAAGUUGACGUCAGAGAAGAAAGUGGAGACGAAGAAAAUCAAUCCCACAGCUAGUCUGAAGGAAAGACUGCGUCAGAAGGAAGCCAGUGUGACCACCAACUAAUACAGAGACAUAUGAAAAUGAUGGCAACGCGAUGUAUUUUCUUUCAUGGUCCUUUGCAACACCGGUGCUGCAGGAAGUUCUUGAAAGAUACGUCACCAAAUGUUUGUUUUGCUCAUCUCUUUCUGAGGUCAUUGCAGUGAGCACCCCGUGCCUUUUUAAGGAAGUCCCCUGCUAGGCCACAGGAACAUUGAGAAACUGUUUACAGGACCAUUGCAGGAAUAUUGAUUAUUGUCUCUUUAGAGGUCCAGAGUCACUCCAUUACAGGACCAGAAGAAAUACCAAGAUUUUCCAAGUAUCUUUAAAAGCGGUGAUUUCAAGCUUUCUAACCGAAGCUUGAUAUAUACAAACUCGUGACAGAAGAAAAGGAUCUUUUAUGACAAUUGCCGUGCAAGAACUUAAGCCUUGAUCCUUGCAUACUGCUGCUUUGACAAUUGAUCUUAAUUUUCAUCCUGUUCCAGGAAGAUCCUGAAGCACCUUUCUCACCAAAAAUGUGGAGCUUACCAAAACUAUAUUUAAGAGGUCCAAGACUAUGUAUUUUCCAGAAGAGAGAAAUGGUUAUUUGUUUGUUGUUGUUGUUGUUGUUGUUGUUGUUGUUAUUCAUAUAAUUGAAAGGAUAGAAGAUAGAAUUAUACAUGGGUGGAAAAGAAAUUAUGAUACAAGGAGUUGACAUAAGCUAUUAAGCAAGACCCAUUCUUUUGUUUUUCUAGAAGAUUGCUGUGGUUUCCUUGCCCAGCAGAAAUUCUGCACCCUAACUUCUGGAAAAAACAGGGAUAACCAAGCCAGCACAGGCUUGGAGGUCAAAGUACCUGCUUGGGCAAGCGAUCCAGUAAUAGCAGACUUGACAUUUCAGACUGUUCGUGAGUGGAUAAGGCCACGGUGACAUUGAGCUCAGCUCUGCAUCGUGUUCUGGGACUGUGUGCAUGUGGCUGUACCUCUCCCACCAACCUCAGGAGGCAGUUUCCAGACAGGAGAGCAAAUGCUACUUUCAGUCUUUCACCAUGACCUCAACCAACAAUCCUGUGACCUAGGCUGUAGCAAGAGUCUUUGAUGACAAAAAAAUUAAGAGCAUAAAAAAAGUUCUUUACAUCAAAAUGAAAAGAAGAUGAUUACAUUAAUAUUAAGCUUUGAGUGGAAUAUCACACACAGGCAGCUCUUUCUGACCCUGGGAGCCCGUAAGACCACUACCCCUUGAGUCAUAAGGGAAAUGAUCUUGGAUCUCUCCCCUGCCGCUUUUUUCCUUAUGCCACCUCUCUUUGAAUCUAUCUUGUGAGAGGAGAAGAGAAAGGACUGGACGUGAAUUGAGAAUAAUAUCAAAGACUAUCCAUUUUGGGCCUUGAAGGGAAAGAGGUCUAAGCCUUCUCCUUCAGUUGGUGGAGGACAGUCUAGAGGGGGGUGAGAACCUUAAAACCCUUCCUGAUCGGGCUGCCAUCUGUAGCCUUGCCCCUUAACCCAGGCUCUUCCCAGAACCUCUCAACUUGCUAGGUGCCUGAGUGUCCACCCAGGACUGCCUGCCAAUCAUCAGCCCCCUCAGGGACCCCCUAAUAUAAUCAGCUAAUUAAAUCAGCACUGUAUCCUAAUAUAAUGCAGUCAGGAUCAAAUCAAAUCACAGAAGCCAUAUUUGUUCAGGUGCUAACCACCUUCUCUAAUAAUUCAAAAGAAAGGAAAAUGGGAGCACGGUUGGGGUUUUUCGUUUGUUUUUGUUUUUCCGAUUCAAAAUAAGAGAUGAGACCAGCAAAACCAAAAGGCUGGUAAAGAACUUCCAUUACUAAAAGGAGUUGCUUAUGAGCAAGAAACUUUUCAUGCUGCUUUCUUAAGUUGUUUCUGUUCAUUUUCACUUAACGCUGAAGAAAAUCUAAGGAAUUCAUCGAUUUAAAACAAAUUCCACUUACAGUCAUCCUGUGCCCUGUGACAUUCCUUCUAGUAUUAUCGUGCAAAAGGAAAGUGCCUGUUUUGUCCUUGCCUUGGGGAUCAACUUUGAGUUCAGUGAGAUCACGUCUAGAUCCUCAUGGGUCCCCACAGAGUUGAUGAACGAGAGCAGCAGGGACUUUCAAUGGAGUCACUGUGGGCCACUUCAGGUCUCUAAGGAAGAUGCUCACAAGAAAAUCACUGACAGUAAACAGGACUGUUUGUGGCCACACAACCCUGUAAGAACAUGCUCUCAGGGAACCAAUGCUGAAGAAGGAGGAGUGGAAACAUUUAAUGUGAUACACAAAUGCAGCCCAAGUUGGAUUCAAUCCACAUGGACAGAGUCGAAUUGGCAGUAAAAUACCUAUUUCUAAAGAUUGUACUUUGCCUGCUCUGUUGGGGAAACCUGGUGAUUCUGUCACACUACUCAAAUAUAGUAAGUUAUUGUAUCAAGACACAGGUCAGAAUCUCCAUUAUUCUCACCCAUUUUCAAUCCUGCAUUUUGUAUCUGGAUGCCGCCUCCCAAGUUCACACAUGUACUGUGGUGUUGGCACAGCCUUUGUUUCUAACGUAAGUUGAUGCUCAGUAAAGGUUUGCAAGAGCUUGUUCAAGUUGGGCCAUCUAAAACAACCUGGAGCCCCUUGAAAUAAUCCCCCUAAAAUGCAACUGAGAUGAUGUUAAAUGCAACUUUUCAUGGAGAGAAAGUGGUUAGUGCACCGCUUACGCAGCUUGAGCAUUUUAGGCAUGCGGGUGUAAGUGGCUUUUCUAAGCACAGCCUUCCCCAAACUAGAGGGAGAGUGGCCAGUGUUGCUACUCUAUGUUUAAACAGAUACUCAUACCCAACUUUAGUAGUCAGAUUCUGACAAACCUUGACUUAUGAGCAACGUCAUCUCUUCCUAGCCAAGAGUCAUUACAUCUGAGAGCAUAGUUGGUUGGAUCACAGCUUGGUUUCUUGCAUGAGUAACCUGCAAUCCUCAUCUAGCAUACAAGUAUAUCAUAUAUUACACUAAAGCAUGGUAUAAACAUGUCAGGUAAAAGGCAUCAGGCCUGUGAGGUGUCAAAGAUCAGGUUAGAAGGGGGUGUGCUGUAUGGCUUUUAACACAAGAGGCAGCUUAACAAUUGGGGUGGGGAGGGGCACGGAAAGGGAAAAGUGUAGCCAAGCAGAAAUAGAUGAUUAUGAUGAUGAUGGACCUGCUGCCUUUUGAAUCCUUGAGUUGACACCUAUGAUGUCUCUUCAAAUGCCCACUGCAAGUACUUAGGAAUAAUGAAAAAAAAGUAUUUCUGAAAUCUGGGAAGUAGAAUAAGGAAACUCGGUGGUGGAAAGGUGUACUAGCCAAAACAAACUGGCAGCAUGGUCAAGGAACCAAUUGCCAGAUUGGGUGCUAGACUUGGACCCCUGCCUGUCCCCCAAUAAGCACAAGUACUGAGGCCCCCUUUGGCACCUCUUUUUUUUUCCUAAGAACCAUAAGGAAAGGCAUUUCCUAAAUGAAAAGCUUAUAUGCUGCUGGUGAAGAAACUGGAAAAACUGAAGGAAGGAAUAAAACUCUGUGGUGGUAUUGGAAACCUUCCACAAGAUAUGGAAGUCAUUGCUAUGGUUCUUGCAAGGACCAUGAUUGGACGUAGCAGGAGAGACGUGUUAUUUUUGGUAAAUAUUUGCCUGUUGGCCUGGGAUUGUACAUCUCUCCAUAGAUUAUACUGUAUGCAAUGGGGGCCUUUUCAUUUUAAUUAUUGCUUUCAUGAAUAUUGUAUUUUCUCACUUUUGUUUUUGCUUUUCCUUUGCCUGAUGUCAUGGACACAGAUCAUUGCACACAGCAUUGCAUGCAGCAGCAUGACAGACAGCAUCUAAUCCGAAUAUCAAGGGGAAUUAGCAGUGCAGACCUGUGAGCUUUCCCAGUAACCAGACUGUAAUGUUAACAGGGAAAAUUCUUCAUUCCCCAACAUCUUAAAUCGGCUUAUUUUGUAGUACUCUUCCCUCCCUCAAACAAAGAUAAAACCAACGUGGGGCUUUCUGUGUUGAACAGAGGAAAGAAGUCCAAAAUCUAUAGCUUCCCCCCCCAAAAAAAAUCCAAAUAUCAAAUAUUAUCAUUUUAUAAAGCAGUUUAGAUUUGUGCAUAAUUUUCGUUGAUUCUGCCUGUUCUAAUCAGAAAACAAAAAAAUGACUGAAAGCUGGAAAGGAAAGAAAAAGCAUCAGCAGAUUUGGUAAUCCACAAAUUAGUUUAUUAGUUUCUAAAACACACACAAAAUGGACAUACUGUAAAUUCCAGUGUUGUGGAAUUCCUGAGCACAAAAACUUGGAACAGCUGUGAGAGCUGAUGAGUGUGGACACAGUAAGAGCUGUCUGUGGCCUGCUUGAGACUUUUGCCUCAACCAGGCAAUUUUUAGAGUGUGGAUUCAAAAGAGUGUAGGAUUGCCCUGAAUAGUUUUUUAAAAGCCACAUACAAGGAGAAGUAGUGUGAUCCAAUGGAAGAAGUAGCCAGACCAUUACAACACCCUUAGUCUGGGUUCUCUUUAGAGCAGUUGAUAAAUGUGUGGAGCAUCUGGAAGGUCGUCAAAACCACAUUUCAUAUAUUAGAUAUCCUACCUUUAGGAACAAUUCAGCUGAAGAAAGCAAACUGAAUAAAGAAAUGAACUCUCAUUCAUGUCAGCUACUUUGUCAUCAUGAAGAAGUCUGCAACACAAGAGAAGUCUUGCAGCCAAACUGAUAGUAUUCAAUAUUUGAAAACUCUGAAUCAUUUUUAGCCUUUCCAAAAUGCUCGUUACUUGUUGGGUAUAUUUACAUUUUCUACCUAUAGAGAAAUCUAGCCACUUGGAAACUUCUCUGUUGUUGGUGCAAAAGUCACUUAAAGAAAAGCACCUUCAGAAACUGGCCUCAGCAUAGCUGGCUGCUGCAGACUUGCCUAACAGUAUUUACAACCCCAUCAGCAAUUGAAUCCAGGCAUAACUAGGCUCUGUUACUCACAGCUGUAUGUGACCGAGAGGCCCAUUUUGUGGCAUUGCUGCACACCCGUCGGUUGUUGACACCUUAUUAGAGGCACUGAAUGUUAGUUUCACAAUUCUUUAUUUUCCUUCCCAGGGAGUGGGCAAUCUACCAAACCCUCCCAAAUCGACUCUUUGCUGGGAAGUAGUGAAUUCAAGAGCAUUUUAACAUGCAAGCGUGAAGCCAGUUCAGUAGCCUUAUUUGUGCCAAGACUCUUAAUCAACACUGUGAUAUAAACCUAGCAUUUGGGAAAUUUGUGUAGUUGACAACUUAAUUGGAAACGUGAAGAUAUUAAAAUGGCAGCUAGCUAACUCUGUCUCUCAAAGCCCCCAUGCAGCUUCUACCAAUAGAGACAUUAAGGAAGCAAAUCAAGCCUCAUUCAGCAGGCCAGCUGUCCUCAAGUAGAGCUUAUCAGGUUCUUUUCCCCUCUACUCCAGCCCCUCUCUCAACCAUCCUGGCGAUAACCAGUAACACAAAAAACCUUUUCCUUGUCAUCGUCUCCUCUAAUGGUUCACUUCAGUCUAGAGCUCGGAUGAACUCUGAACGUCAUUGCAUAUUACAUCUAUGAAGUACUUGUUCAUAAACAUCAUUUCCAUUCUAUGAUCUGGGGAAGACAGACUUAAUCUCAUUUUUUUUAAAUAGGAAAGUUGUAGCUAAUGCCAUUAAUUUAUCCUUCUGCAUUCCAUCUAUGCUCAUAAAAUUUUCUGUUGUUUUUUUAAAUCUUCUCUCAAGCACCUGUCUGCCUCUUUUUCUAAAAGCUAACCCAAAUACUUCUCUGAGCUAGUUUUUUUUUAUGCUUUGUGUGAAAUUUGAUAGCAUUGGGCUAGCAAAAUGCAAAUGAGCCCAUAAUUUCCAGCCAGAAAUUCACCUCCAAAGAAUUUGGCAUUCUUCUCCAUGGAGUAAACAAGCUUCUAAUAUAUUUAGGCUAUUUUGUAGGCUGAGCAUUUCCCUAAAUUCUACCUGUGCAGAUACCAAGGGGGACUCUACUCUGUCCUUGAAACUGUAAGGAUGUCAUACAAGAGAAUGAAUAUUCCUCCCCACACAUAGUGAGAGCCGCCAAUAUGUUAUCUUAUGCUUAUACUGAGUAUAAGCCUAAGAUCUCUUCCAGAGCUUACUUCUAUUCUUGUCUCGUGAAACAAGUGUGUUUUUGUUUAUUCAUCUGGGUCAGCUUUCCAAAAUGAAAGGCUAGUCCCGCAGACAUCUGAGUAUCCAGGGAAAUUGCUCUCUACCUCCCUAUGGCAUGGACAAUAAAUGUGUUCAGGAACAGACAACUCUCCGGUAAUUCUUGGGGUGGAUUUUGAAUUCCAGGUUUCUAGGCAAUGCAUAAAAAUGGGUAAAGAGCUUUUGAAAAUUGUACUACUCUUCCCAAUUAGAGGCUGGAAGGAGAUUCAAAAUCAUUACAUUUUAGAUGGGUUUGAGUGAACUAUAAACAGCUCAUUGUUUUUCCCUUUCUUCUUGGCAACUUGUCCCCAACUGUAAUCUUACUUUUCAUAUCUGACCAACAAGGCGUAAAAAAGGCGAUUUCGGCCCCCCUGAGACCGCACUCUGCGUAAUCCUCCAAAGACAUGCAUUUCCUUUGGAAACAAAUCUGUGAAUGAGGGGGAAGGUGGUGCAGUUCUCCUAUUUGUCUGGAGUGACACAUAGGAUUUUGGGGUCUGGCACCAAAAGGAUAGGUUUAUACGAAAUCGUUGAUUUUUCAAUUCUGUAAUUCUUCAGUUUCUCAAGGCACAAAAAAUACUGUACUGUUAGCAAAAGGUACAAUCUUCAGCAAAUAGAAGCAUUAAGAAAAAAGAACUCCCCUUUAAAGAAGCAAUCUAAGAUACUCCUAAAAAGGCAGAAACUUUUAAAAUUAGAAAUUGAAUAAUUUUUGAGAGGAAACAUGUCAUUGAUUCACCAUAGUUUUUUCCUCUCGUUGAUUUUUCAUUUAGACUAGCGUGGGAAGCAGGGUGCCCUGGACUUUGAUUUAGGGGAUCGUGCUUUGGCCAGGAAAAUCAGCAUCAAGCUGCAUGCCCAGAACCUAAGUGAAAUCAGUCAGCUUCCUAAUAGGAAUCAGGCCUAACAAAUGGAGGUUAUUUCAAGUCCUUUAGGGCUUAAUUUUCUUAGUGACACCCUGGACCCCAGAUGCUGCUUCCUAAAAUGCAUUUGAUGUAUGAGGUUGUGUCUCCUAUGGCCCUGGGACAUUGCAAGCGAUGGGUUGUGGGAGAAGAGCAGGAGAUGGGAGGAAGGAAUGUUUGAACGGGGCCAAGAGGCAAUGUUUUGCUGAUACAAUGCAUUGUGAGGGGGCUGGUGAUUUUUGCCAUGCUUGUGUCAUUGGCAGCCUUUCAGGGGAAGCUCCAGGAAUCUGUAUGAGGCAAAUGAGAGCGCUCAAUAUCUUAUACUCGUCAGUGGCUGACAGUGUGCUGGAAAAGCAGGUACUGUAGUGAAAGUGGCCUAUGCUUGCUGAGAUGACUCUUCCAUUUCAGAAUCAUUCUGAUGAGGCCGGCUGUGCACAGGUCUUCCUGUUUUCUCUACGCCUGUCCAAAAGUCAUUUUGGCACUUAGCUUCGUUUGACUUUCCUCACCUCGAUACUUGUGCUCCGGCCCCCCCCCUUCCUCCAAAUCCCACAGCUUUUUCCCUGCCUUUACCUUUUCAGUUUCUGCAGGACCCAGCAUUUUUACCCCCUCCGUCCCCUCAAACCCAAUGCGCUGCUCCCCAGCCCUUUGGACGGGGUGCUUUGCUGUCACCAAGUGAGACACAGCGCUGUGGCUGCCUCUUGUUAAUGUCAGCAUCACCUCAUCACUUAGGCAAAGAGGGGAAAAUCCAUAAAAGAGAUGGAAAAUACAUUUCUUUUUCGUUUAUUCGACUUUAUUUUAGGAAGGUUGAGGGGAAGGUUCUAGUCCUUUUCAGUUUCUCAGAUUGUACUUUAAAACCGUCUAAUUAGGGACCAUUCUUUGAUAAAUUAUAAAUCUGCCCAGGUCACCAUCUAUGAGGCAUAAAACCAAAUUUUUGAAUCCGAAGUAACUUUUCUGUGCUGCUGGACAAAUUGACUUAAUUCUGUGCAAACAGUUUGAAUCAUAGGCUUUCUAUUGCCACCCCAUUCUUACUACCACUCAUGAUCCAAACAGCUACACGAAUCUGGAUCAGGAUGUUGACAAUUUGUGGUAUUUUCAGAUCAACGGUAACUGUUCCACUGUUGAAAGUGCUUAAAAAGAAAGUAUAAGCAUGUGCUAAGCAGUCAGUCUUUUGACCUGGAAAUAUCUUGGCUUUUCUGUUUAAUUAAAUAUUAGAUCAAUCUAUAGAUAACAACCUUAAAGGAUUUUAAACAAUGAUGAAGACAGUUUGAGAAAUGAGAAGGCACUUUAAAGACAUGAAACCUUACAUUACAUGCUCUUGGAUAUUUUUUAACGUAAUAAGCUAAUUCAAUUCAGGUAUCUUUUCCCCUUUAAAUUUUUAAAAAUAUGUAUUUCUAAUUUGUUUGCAUAUUUAAUUUUGUCAAAGCUGAGAAAUGCUCAUUAGUUGGAUUUGUAAAUGUCAUUUGCAACCAAAUGAAGUAUUUAUUUUUAAAAAGAAAGGAUGAAGGAACCAAUAUUGAUUUGUACAUAAUGAAAACUUAUGUGUGUGUCUCUCUCUAUAGAUAUAUUUUCCUCCUUGACACUAUUUGGUCACCAUCUCAAGUGUAUUUUUGUACAUAAUAUAUAUUGGUUAGAACAUGUAGAUUGUCUAUUCAAAGAAUCCUAUCUCUGUGAUAGAUUAUAUUUAUCCUAAUCUGUUGAUACCUCUGUUAAUUUGUUUUAAGAGAUAGAACUCUAUUUUUUGGAAUUUGCAGAGAACUGCAUUCAUGGCUUCCAAAUGUAAAUAUGAUGAGGAUAUUUUAAUAAAUCUUGGUUUCAUGUC